UGUCGUAGUUGGUUGGGGUCAGCAACGUUCCACCGCGCAGAAACCAAAUUCCCACUUUCGCCACAUAUACACUUUAGCCUCUUCAAUCUUUUACUCUAUACAACAAAGCAAACAAUCUUGAUCUUUAUUAGUCACUGCCAAAAAAUCUUAGAAAAGUUACUCUCUUUCUUCUUUCAAUCCCUCCACCCCCACAAAUGGCUUCUUUGUCCAUAUCUGUAAAGCUGGCUCUUCCAAAUUCACUGCUCUAUUCUCAAACCCCUAAAACCCUCCUUUGUCACAACCUAAGCAUUGUCUCAAGAUCCAAUUUUUAUGGUCUCAAGCUCCUUCAUUCCCCUUCUUUGACAACCCCUUCUUCAACUAAAAGUUCUAUUUUUGCUAAGGUGGAAAAAGGCUCAGUGCCUCCACCAUUCACAUUAAAAGAUCAAGAUGGAAAAGAUGUGAGCCUCUCCAAGUUCAAAGGCAAGCCCGUGGUGGUUUAUUUCUAUCCUGCUGAUGAAUCUCCUGGCUGUACAAAACAGGCCUGUUCCUUCAGGGACUCGUAUGAAAAGUUCAAGCAAGCAGGAGCGGAAGUUGUUGGGAUUAGUGGUGACGAUCCAGAAUCCCACAAGGCUUUUGCAAAGAAAUACAGACUUCCAUAUACCUUACUGAGUGAUGAAGGCGACCAGGUUAGAAAAGAAUGGGGAGUCCCAGCGGACCUUUUUGGUACAUUGCCUGGAAGACAAACUUAUGUACUUGACAAGAAUGGAGUUGUUCAACUUGUAUAUAACAAUCAGUUCCAACCUGAAAAGCAUAUUGAUGAGACAUUGAACCUACUUCAAAGUCUCUGAAUGUCCACCAAAUUUUCUUUGAAUAUUUCCAUUUCUCCCACUAGUUUCCUUUUAUGCUUAAUAUAUAUAUUAUGUGAUUCUGAUAAGAUAUACAACCACUGUAGUUAGAUGUCAAAAGGAAUUAUCACUUCAGGAUCAUAGCACAAAUUAUGCUCUAGAUUGUUGAAUCACUAUAUGUGAGCUAUGUUGCGCGGGCUCGUCAAAAAUAUUGUCUAGUGUGUCGGACUCUCCAAAAAUAAAUAUUGUUGCACCUGAUAGCAGAAUUAUUUAUUGAGCUCAA